AAAAAAAAAAAAAUCCAAACUCCACGAAACCGCCCAAUCAAAAGCAAAUCCACCCCUGCUCUCUCUCUCUCUCUCUCUCUCUCUCUCAUGAUUUUAAAUCCCCCCAUCUUAAAAAGUCCACCAUUCAAUCCCCCAAAAACCCAUCUUUCCAAGCUCUCAUCUCUCCUCCUCCAAUGGCAGAAACCAGGCACCCCAAAAAACCACCCAACAAAAACCACCAAAAUAAAAAAGACCCAAGAAAGCCAGCAAAGAAAAGCCACCACCCUCCAAAACCAGAGAAACCACCUUCAUGGGCAGUCGUAAGAAGCCUCCUCACAUGCAAAGACCUGCAAGAAACAGACCCCAUUGAGCAAAAGAGCAUGAAGAAGUAUAGAAAGAUGGGGUGUUCUGUUUCUCUCUGUAGUCUGCGGGAGCACUCAAGGGUAAUGCACAGGCCUGAAGCUUCUUCGUCACCUCCUCUCCUUGCCUGCAAUGGCAAUUCUUCUUCAAGAAGGUCUUUGAAAGCUCCUUUGAAUGAGAGUAAUGGAGCUUUAUCUUCUUCUACUUCAAAUGCUUCUUCUUCUGUUGGAGGCUCUUUUAGAGGAAUGCAUUUGAGGAGGCUUUCAGGGUGUUAUGAAUGUCAUAUGGUGAUGGAUCCAAGUAAUGGAGUUGUAGGUGUCCCUUCUGCUGUCCGUGCUUGUCCUGACUGUGGGGAGGUUUUCACUAAAUCUGAGAGCUUGGAGGUUCAUCAAGCUGUUAGACAUGCUGUUUCGGAACUGGGUCCUGAAGACAGCAGUAGAAACAUAGUAGAAAUCAUAUUCCAAUCAAGCUGGCUGAAAAAACAAGCUCCUGUCUGCAAGAUAGAAAGGAUCCUUAAAGUCCACAACAGCCAGAAAACCAUCACAAGGUUCGAAGAUUACCGGGACUCCAUAAAAGUGAAAGCAAACAAGCUCCCAAAGAAACACCCGAGAUGUGUUGCAGACGGGAACGAGCUCUUGCGGUUCCACUGCACGACAUUCGCUUGUUCUAUCGGAACAAACGGGUCUUCUAACCUGUGCGAUUCGAUUCCAAAUUGCAAUGUCUGCAGCAUAAUACGAAAUGGUUUUAAAGUAGAUGGAAAUGGAGGAAUUUGCACUACUGCUACUAGUGGAAAAGCACAUGACCAUGUCCAGAUUUCAUCAGAAGAUGAGAAAAGGGCGAUGUUGGUGUGUCGGGUGAUUGCUGGGAGGGUGAAGAAGAACCAAGAUGCCGCUGAGGAUUUUGAUUCUGUUGGUGGUCCAACGGGAAUUUACUCGAAUUUAGAUGAGCUCAUUGUGUUUAAUCCAAAGGCCAUCUUGCCUUGUUUUGUUGUAAUCUACACAGGUUUCUAGUGUGAUUUGUUUUGUGUUUCUCUACUAAUCUGAAUUUUGCAUUUGGGUUC